UCACACACGCGGUGCAAGCAGCUCGUCUGUCCUCCCAAAAGACAACAAAAUUAAUUCCCGAUUUCAGCCAAAAUACUGCUACAAAACGACAAAAGAUAAACCCAGGAUGGAUCCUGACCAGAGCGAAGGUGCAGCCCUAGACAGCUGGGAAGAGCAGGCCGAUCCUGGCCCAGGAAAUCACGGUGAUGCUUUAGACAUUAAUGAACAAUUUUCUGCGUUGAAUGUCAACGCGAAGCCCUUCGUUCCGAACGUGAAUGCACCGGCAUUUGUUCCCUCUUUUGGGACAAUUUCACCCAAAACUGAACCCUGUAACAACAAAGACGACGAUGAACCUUCGGGAGAGGCGUCACCAGCGCAAGACUCUGGAAUAGCAGAAGUCGAAGAAGAGACCACACCCCAACCUCAAGAAGAGACGGACGAACAAGAGGAGUCUCCGAACAACAAUCCAGAGGAGGUACAAGAAGAAGAAGACAGUGGACCUUCCAGUGAAAAAGAGGCAGGUGGAGCGGUUAAAUUAGUAGUGGUCGCACCGCCCCCACAGAAAAGCAAGUAUAAACAGGUGCAGCAGGAGGAGGAGGAAGAAGAAGACAAAAACCCCAGGGAGCAUGUCAAUGUCAUAUUCAUCGGCCAUGUUGAUGCUGGAAAAUCUACUAUUGGUGGUCACAUUAUGUUCCUUACUGGACAAGUCGACAAGAGAACUCUGGAGAAAUAUGAACGAGAGGCCAAAGAGAAGAACAGAGAAAGUUGGUACCUGUCGUGGGCGCUGGAUACCAACUCAGAGGAAAGGGAGAAGGGCAAGACGGUAGAGGUCGGCCGAGCCAACUUUGAGACGGAAAAAAAACAUUUCACAAUCCUAGACGCCCCCGGCCAUCGGAGCUUUGUGCCUAACAUGAUCUGUGGGGCUGCCCAGGCAGACUUGGCUGUAUUGGUCAUCUCUGCGAGGAAGGGUGAAUUUGAGACGGGCUUUGAGAGGGGGGGUCAGACGCGAGAGCAUGCCAUGUUGGCCAAGACGGCCGGAGUCAAGCAUCUGGUCGUUCUUAUCAACAAAAUGGAUGACCAUACUGUCAAGUGGUCCGAGGAGAGGUACUCAGAGUGCAAAAUGAAGCUGGUCCCAUUCCUCAAGAAAGUCGGUUUUAAUCCAAAGAAAGAUAUCUUCUUCAUUCCUGUAUCAGGAAUCACAGGAGCUAACCUCAAGGAGCCUGCUGGUAGUAUGUGUAGCUGGUACACUGGGCCAGCGUUUAUUCCAUAUAUCGAUAAGCUACCUUCUCUUGGGCGAGAGUUAAACGGACCCCUCAGGAUGCCCAUCACAGACAGAUACAAGGAUAUGGGAACCAUUUUACUGGGAAAAAUCGAAGGAGGAAAUAUCUCCAAGGGAGACACUGUCUUAAUGAUGCCUAAUAAGACAAAUGUGGAAAUUCUGCAAAUUUUAUCCGAUGAGGAUGAUACGACAGAAGCAGGGGCUGGAGAGAAUGUCAAAUUAAAAGUCAGGGGCGUCGAGGAGGAGGAUGUAUCCCCUGGCUUUGUCCUCUGUGAAAUCAACAGCCCCUGUCACACAUGUAAGGUCUUUGACGCACAGAUUGUGAUCAUUGAACACAAGUCUAUUAUUUGUGCUGGUUACGGUGCAGUGCUACACAUCCACACCGCUGUAGAGGAAGUCCAAAUAACGACCCUAAUCGCCACGGUGGACAAGAAGACAGGGGAACGCAGCAAGACUCGGCCGCGUUACAUCAAGCAAGACCAGAUCGCUCUGGCUCGAUUUGAAUGUGCGGGAGUGCUGUGCAUGGAGACUUUUAGUGACUUCCAGCAGAUGGGACGUUUUACUCUCAGAGACGAAGGAAAAACCAUCGGUAUUGGAAAAGUUUUGAAGCUCAUCAACUGAAAGGAGUGUCAUAGUGGCAUGUUAAGCAGGGACUAGUUGACGCAUACUAAGGUUGACGUUGAUUAUGGGUUUUAUUGCAUUUAUUUAAAGGGAGACUACCGUCAUGAUCACAGCAGGCCUGUGACUUAAAGGCAGUGGACACUAGUGGUAAUUACUCAAAAUAAUUUUUGCCAUAAAAACUUACUUGGUAACAAGC